AUGCCAUCUCUAAAUGACUCUCCUAAUCCUCACGACCACCAGCAACUCCUCUCUCCAAAACUUGAACCUUUCUCUACCGUAAACCCAGAUGCAAUCUCCACUCUCAUCAGUAAUUUUGACCCAAAUAAAAUAAUGCUAACUGGCAGAGGAAUUGUUGAAUUAAACAUUGAAAAAGAAGAUGGCUCAACAUUUUCCCCAGAAGCUGGUGGUGAACCAAGAAAGAAUGCCAAAAUUCAGGUUGUUAUAGAUGGAUACUCAGCACCAUUAACAGCAGGGAAUUUUGCAAAACUGGUAGUUGAUGGAGCAUAUAAUGGGGCAAAGCUCAGCUUCACUGACCAAGCUGUUCUCACUGACAAUGGACUUGAUAAGAAUAGUGGUUACAGUGUUCCCUUAGAAAUAAUGCCAUCGGGCCAAUUUGAGCCUUUGUACCGAACAAAGUUAAGUAUCCAGGAUGGAGAAUUGCCAGUUCUUCCACUAUCCGUCUACGGGGCAGUUGCAAUGGCACACAGUGAGGUUUCUGAGGACUUCUCUGCACCAUAUCAGUUUUUCUUCUAUCUCUAUGAUAAAAGAAAUGCUGGCUUAGGAGGGCUAUCUUUCGACGAAGGGCAGUUUUCGGUUUUUGGAUACACAACCACUGGGAGAGAGAUUCUUUCACAGAUAAAAAGUGGGGAUAUAAUUCAAUCCGCAAAGCUAGUGGAAGGGCAGGAUCGUCUCAUAUUGCCAAAUGAGAACUAA